CGACAGCUACAUCACACUUUUGCUGUGUAAUCCAGAUAGGCGAAAUCAGACAAGCCAAAAUAAGACUUUAAAGGAUCAUUAUUUAGUUGUACACUAUUUAUACACCAUGGAGUAUCUAAUCGGAAUCCAGGGACCCGAUUUUGUGCUCGUCGCCGCGGAUAAUGUCGCAGCCAGCAGCAUAAUUCAGAUGAAACACGAUUAUGAUAAAAUGUUCAAACUGAGUGAAAAGAUCCUGCUGCUGUGUGUGGGAGAAGCGGGAGACACGGUGCAGUUCGCGGAGUACAUCCAGAAAAACGUACAGCUCUACAAAAUGAGAAAUGGUUAUGAACUCAGUCCAUCAGCCGCAGCAAACUUCACAAGAAAGAAUCUGGCAGAUUAUCUCCGGAGCAGGACUCCGUACCAUGUGAACCUGCUUCUGGCUGGUUACGACGACGCUGACGGCCCGGGGCUGUUUUACAUGGACCAUCUGUCGUCUUUGGCCAAAGCUCCGUUUGCAGCACACGGAUACGGCGCCUUCCUCACUCUCUCCAUCCUCGACCGAUAUUACAGGCCAGAUCUGACCAGAGAAGAGGCCAUGGAUCUCCUCAAGAAAUGCAUUGAGGAACUGAACAAGCGUUUCAUUUUGAACCUUCCCUCAUUUAACGUCAGAGUCAUCGAUAAAGACGGGAUUCAGGACCUGCAGAAACUCACUUUGGGAUCGGCCAAGUAACUCUACAGCUCUGAUUGUCCUGGUUUCACUUUUGUACCACUUUGAUUUGUCUGUUCAAAUAAAAAUAUGAUAUUGAUAUGAACUGUUGGCUUCAGAAUGAUUAAAAAUAAGGACUGUUACCAUAGCGAUUAGCAAUUUAAAACAAACACAACUUUUGAAUUGAAAGCAGUCUAUAGGCUGCUGCAGGGGUCAAGAAGUCAAAAGAACUAAGAUCAAAACUGUGAUUAAAAGUCCAGAUUAUUUUUACUUUAAAAAACAAUUAGAUAUCUUAUCUAAUUGUUUUUUCUUUCAAUUUUUUUUGUUGAUUAUAGCCAUAUUUAUCUUUC